UAAAAAAAUAAAUUAAAUUUAGAAAUAAUCCACAUCGCAAAAUGUGAUGUAAACCAAAUUUUACAUUUGUUGAUGAAAUUUUAUAUUUGUUGCGGAUAAUUUCAGGGGCAAUAAUUUUAAUAUUUGACAUUGGCAACACUGUAUGUAAGAGCCAUCUAACCUCAAAAUGUAUGGUAUUUACGCACAUAUUUUAAGUUCCAUAAAAAUGUGUAUUUACGAUUGUAUUUUAUUUUUAUUUGGCAAAGGUACCUACCAUUAUUUGUGUAAUGACUGUUAGAUUUUUUUUAAAUAUUUAGGAAUAAGUGAAAAUGAUUUUUGAAAAUGGAUACCUUAGAAUUGAAUUUAUUGUUAUAUCACUGUUUUUAGGAAUUAUGCUUACUGACUCAAUAUACACAAACUUCGUGAUAUACCGCACUUGCUAUGUCGUACUGGGCUACAACCAGUCGGAGUGCGCACUUUUGGGCGGCCAAACCAAAGACAACCAAACGCAAAGUCUCGAGGAACUGGUCGAACCUUACGCGAACGUCAUAACAAUGACCAGAAGUAUGACCGAAAACUGCAUAACGGCUAUUCUUUGCAUUUUCAUCGGACCAUGGUCCGACAGGUUUGGCAGAAAACCGCUUAUAAUAGCGCCAACAAUAGGUUAUACAAUAUCUUUUAUUUGUGCAGUAAUAUUUACUUUAUUACCCAAUUUAUCACCAUGGUAUUUUAUUUUAAGCAAUAUACCAAUUUGCCUAACAGGAGGUAUGCCGAUUUUUAUAACAGGAGUUUUAUCACAUGUCACUGAUAUCACUAGUGCUGAAAAUAGAGGAAUGAGAAUGGGUAUAGUUGAGGCUACAUUAGGAAUAGGUAUUUUCCUAGGAAAUCUAUGUAGUUCAUAUAUAUUUUUUGCAAUAGGAUAUGCUGGAGUUUUUGGUAUAGCCGCUGGUAUUUCUUUUUUUACUUUCCUUCUGGUCUGGUUUUUUAUACCAGAAACUUUAGAAUCCAACGAAAAUGAGGGUUAUUUCAAAGGAUUUUUCGACUUAUCAAACAUAAAAGAAAUGUUAAAAUCCACCUUUAAAGAACGCGAAAGUUACACCAGACCAAUUAUUUUACUCAGCAUUCUUCUACUAACCUUAUACAUUUUUGUAAUAAAUGGAGAUGCAUCAAUUACAUUUUUAUACCUAAGAGACAAAAUGCAAUGGUCACUAAAACAGUACACUAUAUUCAGUAGUAUAGGAACUGUCAUUUUUAUAGUUGGUACAGUUUUUGGGAUUUAUAUUUUGCAUACUUUGUUAAAUAUCACCGAAAGUGUACUUGUUUUGUGUGGAUUUUUGUCGUUUAUGAACGGGCAUUUAAUACAGGGUCUCGCGACGAAGGAUUGGCAUAUUUACGGAGCUAGCUUUGCUAAGAUUUUAGGAGGGCUGGUAAGCCCUAUGAUGAGAUCUCUUAUUUCAAAAAUAAUACCUUUAGAAGAAGUAGGCAAAAUUUUUGCUAUGGUAGUCACAGCUGAAUCUCUUUGUGGUAUUUUGGGGUCACCUAUAUAUACUGGGAUAUACAAUAAAACCAUACAUAAAGACCCAGCGACAUAUUGCUUCUUCACGGCGGGCAUAUAUGGGGUGGACAGUGUACUUAUUAUUGUAAUAAUUAUAUUACAAUUUAUGAGAAGACGAACUUCCUAUAAUAGUUUAAUAAACGAAAAUACUGAUGACAAUGAAGUAAUUAUUACGUAAUAUUAAAGAAUUGUAAAUAUUUAGUAAAUUGUAGUAAUUUUAAUGUAUAAUAUAAUGUAUAUAAACGAUUUUUAAUAAAGCUUUAUUAAUAUAUUGACAGU